UCUCCACUUUCUCAUCACUCAGCAAAGUCUCAUAAACAAUAAGCAAGCUCAGUUCUAUCCAUCAACAAAUCUCAGCAAAACGAUGUCGCUCAUUCCAAGUUUCUUCGGCACAGGGCGAACGACCAACGUCUUCGACCCAGAGGCGCACGUGUUCAAAGCGGAUCUCCCGGGGCUGAAGAAGGAAGAGGUGAAGGUGGAGAUCGAGGAGGGAAGGGUGCUUCAGAUCAGCGGACAGAGGACGAAGGAGAAAGAGGACAAGAACGACAAGUGGCACCGCGUGGAACGUAGCAGCGGCAGCUUCCUCCGCCGCUUCCGGCUGCCGGAGAACGCCAAAGUCAAUGAGGUUAAGGCUGCUAUGGAGAACGGAGUGCUCACUGUCACUGUUCCCAAGGAGGAAGUGAAGAAGCCCGAUUUGAAACCCGUUCAGAUCACUGGCUAGGCUGCCGAAUGUUACCUAUCUGCUCGGAAUCAAACGAUGAUGUUGUGUCUUUACUUUAUGUCUUUUUUUUUCUCUCUUUAUCUGUCUCAGUCUGACAGAUGAAUAAAAUGUAUGUGCUUGAAUUGAGUUUAAGGAGUGUCAGAUACUACUGAAAUGAUAUAGAAGUGUUUGAAAUUUUACUAUUCCCUGCA